AUGUUUUACUGCGUUUUCAAGUAUUUGCAAGCUGGUAAAUAUCUGUGGUUAACUUACAAAGAAGUAUAUGAUUUAGUUUUACAAGUUGGAGUCUCCAUUCGCAGUUGUCGUGUUGAACAGGGAGGUAGAUGUGGAAUCUGCGGUGCCAAUUGCUCGAAUUGGGUGAUAAGUAUGCAGGCCUGCAAUGCUCAUGGUCUUUACUGCUUGCCGCUAUAUGAUACUUUAGCUCUUGUAAGCCUUGGAAAGGUUACUUUGGAGCAAGAGGAAGAUGCUGGAAAUUUUGGCGUGAAAUUAAAUUCUUGUAAUGACUUUUUGCUUCUGGGAUUGAACAAGCAAUUUGAUAUUCCAAUUAAGAAGAUUACAGAUAUCUGCACAAUAACGGACACAAGUGGAACGACGGAUGAUCUGUGA